ACCGGCGAGAAAGAAGCAGCGUCGAAUCGAAGCGACUGAACUGAAACGAGCGAGAGCCAGCAGCACCAGCAGUACAGCAGCAGCAGCGGCGUUCGAUAUUUUCGUCGAGUCUCCCUCUGCCUGCACCCCACACACUCAUUUACCGGUUGUCACAUGUGUCAGUUCAGUUGUGUCCCGUGGACGCUAUUGAGCUAUGCGCUUUCCGCGGAUCUCAAAUUUCCCAAGAGACUUCAAGACGGAUGAUACUCGAGUUUUUUCUCUGAGAGACACAAGCCUGUGAAAAACGUGCGAGAGCAAAAGAACAAAAAGAACACGCAAAUAUAAAAACCGCAGUCUCACGGAUGUCUAGUUUAUGGGCGUCCUGAAAGCGAGAGAACGAGAGAUCAUGACUCCUGUGAUAAUUCGUGAGUGGGAAACGGUUUAAAAGUUAUAAAAUCGAAUGUUGAAGUGAAGGAAACGGAACGCGAAUAAAGUGAGCGAACAACAUCCUUGAAAUAUCUAUUGACGUAAACGUUGAAAGAGAAACGCCGAUUAACGAGUGUGAAAAGUGAAACAACCCUCGUUCGUAUGAUUUUUAUAAAAAAAAAAAAAAUAUAUAUAUAAGGAGCUUCAUUUGUCUGGUAUGAAACGAAUCGGAACGAAUCCUUUCUAUCAAUCAUUUUUUAUUCGAAUCCUCUGUUGAAAAUGAACGAUACGCGUAAAACCAGAAACGAAAGUGUAUGUUACGAGUUUUUUCGAUUUAUAUUGGAUGAACCGUGAAUUGGCAGGCUCAAUAUUUGAGAAAGAGAGAGUGUAUAUACGUUGACACGCGCGAGUUUAGAACGGAAGAGUUUUGUGUGGUGUGUACCUUCAGGUAGGGCGAGUCAACACACCGGAGAGACGAUAUCACAGCAGCCUCUCUCUUCCGAAAGAGAAAGAGGGAGAGGGAGAAGAAUUAUCCUGCUUGGGCGUAUAGUGUGGAGUGGCGAAGGGGAACGAAAAAACAGUGAUAUAUAAAAACAUCGCAUCAAUCGACUCUUGGGUAAUAUUUUUUGCAGAGUUGUCGCAUUUUUUCUACGCAAUUCUCGGGCUGUCGAGUGUGUACGUGUGUAACGUAGUUGAGGACGGGUAACCGGUGUUUUCGAAAUUCAUUGGCCACGCGAGUGAUGGCUCAGGACUACUACAGGACGAAUUCCGGUCACGGGGGAACAACGUUUCUGUGAUAAUUGUUUUUGCCUGACAGCUAAUUGGAGAAAUAUUAAAUUUUCGGCUAUGCUCGAUCUUCUGGCUCUCUCGAUUCUCGGUAACAAUAAUAAUAAUGAGCAUGAUAAUGUCUAAGAAUGAUAAUACACAGUGAUGAAAGAAGCACCAGCGAGAAGUAGCGUUUUCAUAUCGUUUUCGUAAUUUUUUUCCAAUGUUGGUGGUUGAAAAGUGGAUAAGCGUUCAAGAAAUCGAACGUGCGCAAAUUGAUGAGGUGUGUCGAAUAACGACAGUUGGUGCUGGAUAUGACAGGAACACCGGGCUCAUGCAUAAUUUGAAAUAGUGAACGUGUAUUACGUUGGAAAAAAGUGGUCGAUGGUGUGUCUCUCUGGCGGCAGAGUAUCGAGGAGUGCAGUGAAUAUUGAAAGUGAGAAAAGCACAGUGAAUUUGAGGAGUGAGGGGUGUGUCGUAUUCCGCGUUUGAAAUAAAGGAUAAAGAGUUUUUAAAAAACCGCGUGAAUGUGUCGACUGCUGGUGACGUCGAGGAGGAGGCAGAAGACGCGGUGUCAGAGCGUUCCUGAGAUAGACGACGAAACGAAAGUUCGCUGUACGUGUGAUUUUUCGUUGAUUUUGUUGAAGAAAACUAGGAAAAAAUCGCUUCGGCUUUUAUCCGGUAUUCGCAUUAUUAAUUAUCGAAGGAAAGAAGAUAAAAGAAGGACGACAUCGAGACGAAAGGAACAGGGUGACGUGACGAUAAAAAAAGAAACAUUCGAAAUGGAAAUAAAGGAAUUUCGUUCAAGCCGGUUCAAGGGCCCCGAAACAACGAGGUUCAAAUAAAAAAUAAAACAGUGUCUCGUCCCAGCCGGGCGGACACUCAUUUACAACCCGGUUUUCCCGGGUUCGUGCGACUACGUCAUCCGUGUCGAGGAAGAAGAGAACAGUGAUAGUUUUUUUCGCGCGUUCCGGCGCGCUGGACCGACGACCGGCUUCGGUGUAGCGGAGCAGCAGGCGUUACGUGGGCUUGUUUCUUUGGGGGCAGCACCGUCGUGUGUUUCGCGAUCGAAAUUAACGCGCGGGAAUCACGCCUAGUGCCUAUAAGAAAGGAUUCAAGCCUCCGCGCUCAAAUUCAUAUUCCGUUUUCUUUUUUUUUCUUUUUUUUUUUUUUAAUUUUUUUAUUACUUUAACGUUCGUUUGUACGAACUCCUCUCCCAUCUCAUUGUUCGAACAAACAUGAGCUCCAUGGUGUACACCCUCUACGGGUUUGCGAUAUUUUUCAUGGCAUUUUGGCUCGGUAUGUGGAUUGUUCACGUACUGGCGCUCGUGGCAAGUCGUUGGAAGCUUCAUCGCAAAACAACUACGGUACCCAGUUACGAAGUACCGUUCCCGGGGGUGACAGUGAUAAAGCCUCUCAUGGGGGUCGAUCCGAAUCUUUUCAACAAUCUCGAGACUUUCUUCACCAUGGAUUAUCCAAUGUACGAGUUAUUAUUUUGCGUCGAGGACGAAUCCGACCCCGCACUGAUGCUCGUUCACAAAUUAAUGGAAAAGUAUCCUCUCGUUGACGCGCGAUUAUUCGUCGGAGGUUCUCGCGUUGGGGUUAAUCCGAAAAUCAACAAUAUGCAUCCCGCUUACGAAGCGGCCAAACACGAGCUCAUACUGAUAAGCGACAGUGGUAUUAAAAUGAAGGAAGACACUUUGCUGGACAUGGUGACAUAUAUGACGGACCAAGUAGCUCUCGUUCAUCAAUUACCGUUCACCUGUGACAGAGAGGGCUUUGCGGCGUCUUAUGAAAAAAUAUACUUUGGUACCGUACAGUCGAGGAUGUACCUGGCCGCGGAUUGCCUUAGGAUAAAUUGUCACACCGGAAUGUCUGCGCUCCUCAGAAAAGCUCCGCUCGAAGAAGUCGGAGGACUCAAGACUUUUGGCGUUUAUUUAGCCGAAGAUUUUUUCUACGCCAAAUCCCUGACGGACAGAGGCUGGAAAAUAACUGUCUGUUCCCAGCCUGCCCUACAGAACAGCGGACACUGCGACAUGCAUUCCUUUCAGGCCAGACUCAAAAGAUGGGCCAAACUCAGAGUCGCUAUGCUUCCCCUCACCAUACUCUUUGAGCCGCUGAGCGAAUGCUUCGUUCUUGGGGCUUGCGCCUCCUGGGCAGCGGGUAUUCUAUUCGACUGGGACUCGCUAGUAUUUUACCUCGUUCAUGUGCUACUCUGGUUCAUGUUCGACUGGACACUUUUGUGCGUCGUACAAAACAGUCCCUUGCCGUUCAACAAAUUAGAAUUUGUUUGCGGAUGGCUUCUCAGCGAAACCACCAGACCCUACCUAUUUCUUCAGGCUGUUCUUCAUCCUCUCAUACAGUGGAGAUCCCGCGUUUACAAACUGAGCCGGCUCCCGCGGAAAGCGAGUGAAUUUCGAUACUGCGCUGGGCACCGUUCCCUGUAAUCCACCGUAAAAAUCUCCUGUUCACGCUCCGGCAUUUGAUCCCGCGAAACUUCACGGGCGCGAACUCGAGGAUUCGUAGAGCUCGGAGUCCCAAUUCACAUCGGCGAAUAUGCUCAACGCCGGAGUCCAACGAAACGAUAUAUAAAAAAAAGCUCUCAAAUAAUUCCAGUAAAUCUUCAACAUUUUGUCCCGUCGAAUUUGAAAUUUGUCGUUUUUCAACCUACACCAAUGAAUCGUCAAAUAAAUAAUUGGUCAAUUGCAAAUAUUUUUUUCGUUCGCUUCGUUCAGCUCUAACGUUGCA